AUGAAUUAUUCACAAUUUAGAGCAUUUCGUACUCAGGUGAAUGUUUUGAUUGAUGAUAUUUUAAAAACUACACAGGAUACUAGUCAUGGUAACAACACAAGCUUGUGCUCUAAACCACUUAGUUCAUGGUUUAAUGAAUACUCAUCAGGACUUGAUUAUGUACCAUGGAAUCAAACUUCAUCAUCAGAAACAACAUUGACAAACAAUUUGACUAACGUGAACAAUUCGAAUACGAUGAAUCAAGGAUACUACAUGUAUGAUGCCUGA